AUGUUGCGCAACGCAGCCAACACGGCUCGCAAGACCGUGACGGAUCUCGCCCUGUAUCCGAAGCCCGGCUCCAAGCUCCAUGGAUUCACCAUCGUCCGAGCAAAGCACGUUCCGGAGCUGGAGCUGACGGCACUGCAACUGCAGCACGACAAGACCGGCGCCGACUACUUGCACAUUGCGCGUGACGACUCCAACAAUGUCUUCUCCAUCGGCUUCAAGACGAACCCUCCCGAUGACACCGGCGUCCCCCACAUCCUGGAGCACACCACGCUAUGCGGCAGCGACAAAUAUCCUAUUCGCGACCCUUUCUUCAAGAUGCUGCCUCGUACCUUGUCCAACUUUAUGAAUGCCAUGACAGCUUCGGACCAUACCUUUUAUCCGUUCGCAACCACCAACGAGCAGGAUUUCAAGAACCUAAUGUCCGUGUACCUCGAUGCAACACUCCACCCAUUGUUGAAGCAGUCCGAUUUUCAACAGGAAGGUUGGCGAAUCGGACCUGAGAAUCCAUCAGCCGAAACCGCAGAUGGCAAAAAGCUUGUCUUCAAGGGGGUUGUGUAUAACGAGAUGAAAGGACAGAUGUCGGACGCCGGAUACAUUUACUAUAUUCGGUUCCACGAUCACAUCUUCCCCGAUAUCAAUAAUUCCGGUGGCGACCCUCAGAAGAUUACGGACUUGACGUAUGAGCAGUUGAAGAAUUUCCAUGCGGAAAACUAUCACCCAAGCAAUGCGAAGCUGUUUACCUACGGAGAUAUGCCUCUAGCGGAUCACCUACGAGAAGUCGAUGCCAGGCUCCAGGCCUUUGAAAAGAUCGCCAAAGACAAAGUUAUUCAUCUCCCAAUUGAGCUGAAAGGUCCCAAGGAAGUUACUCUCCACGGUCCGCUGGAUCCGUUGGUUGCUCCGGAUCGACAAUACAAGACUUCGGUAUCUUGGAUCACCGGCGAUACGACUGAUGUGGUGGAGUCGUUCUCUGUCUCAUUGCUCUCUACGCUCUUGAUGGACGGCUAUGGGUCGCCGUUGUAUCGGGGUUUAAUAGAGGCCGGCAUGGGCGCCGACUGGAGCCCGAACGCAGGCUAUGACAGCUAUUCGAAACGCGGCAUCUUCUCAAUUGGCCUUACUGGUGUCCAGGAAUCCGAUGUGCCCAAGGUCAAGGGCAAGAUUCAAGAGAUCCUGCGGGACGCGAGAGACAAAGGCUUUGACCAGGGCAAGAUUGACGGCACACUUCAUCAACUCGAGCUUUCCCUUAAGCACAAGACGUCCAAUUUCGGCUAUUCCAUGCUCAACAGACUGAAGCCGAAGUGGUUCAACGGCAGCGAUCCCUUUGACUCUUUGGCAUGGAACGACACUAUUGCUGCGUUCCAAGCCAAGAUGGCGGAGGGCGGAUACCUGGAAGGCCUGAUGGACAAAUACCUGCUCAAUGACAACACCUUGAUAUUUACGAUGGCGCCGUCAGCGAGUUUUGGUGACGACCUGAUUGCUGAGGAGCAGGCGCGACUGUCUUCCAAGAUCCAAGAUGCCGUAAACAAGGCCGGAGAUGAGGAGAGUGCUCGCCUACAAUUCGAGAAGCAGGAGCAGGAUCUGCUGGUGGAGCAGAACAAGACUAAUACCGAAGAUCUGAGCUGUCUGCCUACCGUCUAUGUCAAGGACAUUCCUAGAUCGACGGAGCCAACGGUUGUGCGAGAUGAGGUUGCGGACGGUAUUCCAAUCCAAUGGCGAGAGGCGCCAACGAAUGGUCUCACCUAUUUCCGGGCCAUCAACACCUUGGAGCAUCUGCCGGACGAUCUCCGAGAACUCAUUCCUCUAUUCACGGACAGCAUCAUGCGUCUAGGUACCAAAGAUAUGACGAUGGAGCAGCUCGAGGAUCUCAUCAAGCUCAAGACGGGCGGCGUUUCUGUCGGCUAUCACUCCACGCCUUCGCCGACAGACUUCGCUCAGUCUAGCGAGGGUAUCAUCUUCACUGGUAUGGCACUCGACAGGAACGUACCUGUCAUGUACGACCUUUUGCGCAAGUUGGUCCAGGAGACCGACUUUGAUAGCCCAGAGGCGUCCUUGCGCAUUCGACAGCUGCUGCAGGCUUCAGCCGAUGGAGUUGUCAAUGACAUCGCUUCAUCUGGACAUCGGUUUGCAAUGGGCCACGCCGAGUCGAGUCUGACCCGCAGCGCUUGGCUACGGCAGCAGGUGGGAGGCUUGUCACAGGUUAAGCUGGUCACCUCGUUGACCGGCAGGCCGGAAUCCGACCAGCUGGAGGAUGUUAUUAGCAAACUGAAGAAGAUUCAGACUUUUGCUCUUACCAGCGGUAAGAUGCGCACUGCCCUUACAUGUGGCACGGAGAAUGUGCAAGAGAACUUGAACUCUCUGAAGACUUUUACGGGGGCGUUGUCUCGAGAGGUAUCAGGGGUGGCACGUAGCAACCCAUCCCCUCUUCUCAGAGAUAGCAAGGCUUUCUUCCCUCUGCCAUAUCAAGUCUACUACGGAGGCCUCUCCGUCGCCACAACAUCCUACACCUCGCCUGAAGGCGCACCGCUGCAGAUUCUUGCACAGCUGUUGACGCACAAGCACCUUCACCACGAGAUUCGAGAGAAGGGCGGUGCCUAUGGCGGCGGAGCCUAUUCGAAGGCCUUGGACGGCCUCUUUGGAUUCUACUCCUACCGUGACCCUAACCCGCAAAACACACUGGGCAUCAUGCGCAAUGCAGGACGGUGGGCUGUGGAGAAGGAAUGGAGCGAUCGAGACCUUGAAGAGGCCAAAAUCUCAGUCUUCCAGGGGGUUGACGCCCCGAAAUCGGUCAACCAGGAGGGCAUGGCAAGAUUCUUGUCCGGAAUCACGGACGAGAUGAAGCAGAAGAAGAGAGAGCAGCUGUUAGACGUCACAAAGCAGCAAGUCAGGGACGUGGCGCAAAAGUUCCUGGUCGACGCUAUUGGGAGAGGAGAGGAGCGAACAACGUUCCUAGGAGAAAAGCAGGGCUGGGUGGAUGGAUCAUGGAGCGUCCACGAGAUGAACGUUAACGGCGCUGAAGAGUAA